GUAGAAUUAAAUAAAAACACAUUUUACCCCUUCUCACCCGUUAGGGGUGGAAUUUCGGAAAACCCACCCUUAGUCCGAAUUUACGCAACAGAAUUCAUAAAAACAAAAUAUGCGGGUGCUGCCGAUGAUACUUGUGUCGCUGUCGUGGCUGUUGGUUUGCAGUGCAUAUCGUUUUCUUGCGGUGUAUCCGUAUAAAGGCAAGAGUCACUUUACUGUGCUGGAAGGCUUGAUGAAGGGUUUGGCCGAUAAAGGACAUCAGAUUGACGUAAUCAGUUCGUUCCCACAGAAGAAACCCUACCCGAAUUAUACCGAUAUCGCAACAUUGCCAGUCCAUUUAUCAGUAUUGAACAAUGUGACAUAUGAAUUUAUGCUGCAAGUACUUGCGAGCUCGAAUAUAGGAAAAAGUAUUGCGACAGUAUUUGGUAAUGAUAUUUGUGAAGCCCAUCUGGGGAAUCCGGUAAUACAAAAACUGGUGCGCGAUUCGCCAAAGGAUCCACCCUACGACGCGAUGAUUAUGGAGGUAUUCGGUGCACAUUGCUUUGCCGCCAUCUCCAAUUUUAUAAAUAUACCUCUGAUUGGAGUCAGCACAACGUCGAUGUUUCCAUGGCUUCAUGAAUUAAUCGCUCAGCCCGAGAAUCUGGCCUUCACGCCGAGCAGUUGUAUAAAUUUGCAAGUUCCCAUGAAUUUGUGGCAACGUACAUACAAUGUCUUCUCCUUUCUCUAUUGCAAGUUGUAUUUCAACUAUCUCACGAGACCACAAGACGAUAUAGUGAGGAGGUACUUCGGGCCGAACCUGCCUAGCAUCCGGAAUAUGAACGUGGCACUGAUCCUCAUUAACUCUCACACCGCUGUGAAUGGGAUCCAACCGAUGACACCUGCUCUCGUCCCAGUAGGCGGAAUCCAUAUCCGAGAGGACGAUUCACCGUUACCGCAUGACUUAAGGAAAUGGAUGGACGAUAGUAAAGAGGGUUUUGUGUUCUUCAGCUUCGGUUCGAUGGUGCUGAUCGAAACGUUUCCGCGCAAAAUUUUAGAUGUCUUUUACACUUCCUUAGGCAAAAUAGCACCGAUACGGGUUUUAAUUAAGGUAUGGAACCCGGAGAAGUUGCCACCUGACUUACCUAAAAAUAUCCACACGUCUGCUUGGAUGCCGCAACUUAAAGUAUUAAAACAUCCAAACAUAAGAGCCUUCAUCAAUCACGGCGGGCUUUUGGGCACUCUGGAAGCGAUCGCUUAUGGUGUUCCCAUGAUUGGCAUUCCACUAUUCGCCGAUCAGUUUAGUAACGUCGACGCGUCCGUCGCAAGAAAGAUCGCUGUGAAACUAGACGUCCAAAAGAUGACUGAGGAAGACAUGGAUGCAGCCUUGAACGUUAUCUUGCACGAUCCGCGAUACAUGGAGAACAUUAGACAUUUGUCACAGAGAUUUCACGAUCAGCCGCUGAGCCCUAUUGACACCGCAACUUACUGGAUCGAAUAUGUGAUUAAAUACGGCGACGAUGUCUUGCGAUCGCCCGCAAUGGAUUUGGCCUGGUGGCAAAUAUACCUCAUCGAUGUGGCCGCGUGUCUGUUGCUUUGCGCGGCAGCCAUUAUUACUCUUGCGGUGUUCAUCGUACGUUUUGUGAUGAAGAUGAUAAAUAGAAAUCAACACAGAUUGUUACAGUCGAAGAAGACUAAUUAGUUGCGUUAUUUCGAGAGAAAUAUUAGAAAAAAAGAAACAACAUGUCAUGAUGCAUUGAAAGCAAUUACAUUUCAGCUGAGUGAGUUUAGAAAUUAUAGUAGUAGAAAAAUGUGUCCUAGCAAUAUGUUCAUAUAAUAUAAUAUAUACUUUUGCAAAAAUACAAAAGUAGUAGAAAAUUUCAAAAGCACUAAUUGUUUUAAAUGUUUUUCACUCUAGUAGAAUGUUUUGCCUUCCCGACAUGUGAAGUAGCAAUAAUCUAAUAAACGGUACUUUUAUUUAUACGUGCUUUGCAAAUGUAGAAUUUAAUACAUGUUAUUACACGUAUUAAUAUAAUGUAUUACUAUAAUAAUAUAGUUUUAAUAAAUAAAAUAUCCUGAUAACGUUCAAAA